AUGGCGCUAAUGCAUGUGCCAUUAAAUGACGCCAACAAAAUUUUUAAAGAGAAAAUUGGGAAAUCCCCGAAAUAUUUUUUCAAAAUUCAAGAAGAUUUCGAAAAUGUCGAAGAUGAUGAAGAUAAAAUAAAACAUGGAGGCAAUACUACCAAAGCUAUAGAGAGGAGAAAUGCAGACGUUGAAGAAGUGAACAGGAAACUCACAAAUGAAGGGAUGCAAGAAAAUAUAACUUCAAAAAUCUUCAAACCACAGAGCUCUGCUGAAAGUGUUGCUUUAGAAACAACUACAACUUCUAGUUCCGCACAACAAGCGAUAACACAUACAACAGAUACAAGGGAAAUUCAUUCUAUCAUGCCAAACCAAAAUACAGCUAUGAGCUGUAACUUGUAUUGCUUCGGCGAAAACUCAAACGACCAUGCAAUUAACGUAACAGUAUCACCAAAUCCCUUAGAUAUAUCCCCAGGUAUUGAUAUCAAAGUUAGGAGUAAGGAAACAAAAAUGUUGGAUGUAUCUUGUGGUAUAAAAGCACAGGAAGCUGAACAAUAUCUUUUUCAAGCGGACAAUAAAGCUAAACCUGACACAAGUUUUGUAAGUAAUGACCAAGAGCAAUCAAACGAAGCUGUUAAUGUAACUUCAAAAUCACUGUUUGUUAAUGAAGAAUUUUCCGACGACAGAGUAAAAGAAAAUCUAACAGCUGAAGACAAUAUAUCGGCCAAACAAACUGAAUGUCAAAGCGGUCUUAGCACCUAUCAACAGAUAACGGAAAGUCACGAUUAUAAAGACAUGCUAAUCAAAAAACCUUUGGCCUUCAAAGAUGACAGAAACUACAGAAAGGAAGAACUUAUGAUUGCAGAUAAUAAUGUGCAGUCACAAAAAUCUGAAAAACAAGACGAAUUAUGGAGAAAUUUUAAUAAUCACACAAGUAUUUCUUACUUAGAUCGGACUGAAACUAUAGAAACUAAGACUAACUCCGAAGUAAAGACUGAAAAACGUUCAAAGAUUCUUAGCAGUGGUGAAAGUCAUAACUGUAAACACACUUCACAAAAAGACAGGUUUGACAGCGAUCACAAAGUUUCGGGUCCUAUCGAUCAAAUGGCAAAGUAUUGUGAGUUUUCGGAGGAAAACCAAGGAAUAAAUGAUAGGGACACUAAAAUCAGAAAUCAGGCAGGUGAAAGCGAAAUGUUCAAAGAAACGGAAGAAAAUUGUAUCGUCUAUAAAAGUAAUCAGCAAGGCAUAAAAGAAGAAGGCACUACGAAAUCGCAUGAAAAAGCUCAAAAUACCUUAGAAUACGUUGAUGAAUAUUUUAGUGACAAAGUAAAAGAGAAUGGUGGUCAUAACAAAGCAUAUAUUGCUAUAUCCGAGGGCAAUAAAACAACAGACGAUUUGUAUCAUGCAAAUACCUAUGAUACCAAAUUGGACUCCGAAAACAAAAUAGAAGUUGGACAGAACAAUAUAAAAACGCCCUCUCCAAUGAAACGUUCCCGCAAAAUAAUUAAAAGACCUAAUCGGGACGGAAAUAAGGAUAAUGUUAGUAAGGGAGCUUCUCUUAGAGGUAGAAAUAAGGAAGUUUCACAAACCAUUAUCAACUUCGGCAAGAGAUGUGAAUCUUGCUUAUCAACAUCAUUUCAUAACUUAAAUAAUAACGAAAUAAGAUGCUUGAACUGUUUUGAGUUUGAAUGUAUACUUUGUGAAAAGCAAUGUUCUUGUGGUAAAACAUGCUACUGCAAAAUUAUAAAGAAAAACAUUGAAGAAAAAUUGAAACAAGCGAAAAAGAUCUUAAGGGAAUCAAUAAAUGGCCGUCUACCGAUUGAAGAUACAAUUUACAUCGUCUCAACUCAUUGUUAUAAUCUCCAUAACGGAAAAACUACAUUAACAAUGGACCUGAGAUUAUCCAGACAUUUUGAAUCGCAGCAUAAAAAUAUAUCGGUGUUACCUCGGGGAAAUCUUAUUGAGAUUUUGGUUUUGGACUAUGAGGAUCCUUCCUCGAGAAUGUACCUACGCAGUCGGCAGGCAGUAUGUGUUAAUUUGAAAACUGUGGUGGAUGAAAAGGUCAUUGGUGUAUAUAGCAAAGACAUGACGGUGAGAAAGGAGGGGUUUCUUGACCCUUUAGCCAGGUUUCUGUAUAGUAAGGAUAUACAAGUUCAGAAUGUUGAUGCAUUUUCUGGACAACUUGGGGGAAAAAACGCCCAGCUUAUUGUUGUUUGUCUUCUUCACUCUAGAGUCAAAUCGGACGUGAAUGCCGACUUAUGUGAAAUUGAAGAAAAACUGUAUAAGCACAUUAUACUGGUUCUCUUACAUUUUAAAAAAUCAGAUACAAGAAAAUGUGCACAUGAACUGAAGUUGGAUAGACAAUUUUCAGAAAUGGCAAUCAUUGACCUUUUCCAGCGACCCGAGAAUAACAACACAGACGAGGUUUAUGAGAAAAUAAUAGAUGCUAUCAACUCUUACGAGUAGUACAUAUUUGUGCUUUUUAUUGAAUAAGGAAUGACAAAAUUACACGGAUGCUUCGGUUUUAAGUUGAGUCUGUAUUAUCAAAUAAAUAUUAUUCAUUCACUACUUUUGUUUUUUUUUCCCUAAGUAUCAAUCGACAAAUUCGGUUAUCAAAAUUCAAAUUUGUAUCUGUAUUGCUUUUUAAUAGCAACUGCAGACCAAUUUAGAAACUUCCCCAGCUUUCUUAAACCUAAAUUUUUGAUAAAAUAUCACUGCUUAUGUUACUGAGGAGAAUUUCCGCAAAUUUUUUA